AUGAGAUGCUACAGGAAGAUUCUUUGCAUUUCCUACAAAAACCAUAUCACCAACGAGGAGGUACGGACCAGAAUCAUCAGGCAAGUCAUUGAACCCUACGAAGACCUCCUGACCACUGUGAAAAAGCGUAAACUAAAGUGGUAUGGGCACAUUUCACGAUCAUCGGGACUUGCUAAGACUAUCCUGCAAGGGGCACUGUGCCCGGAGGAAGAAAGAGAGGCAGGCAGAGAAAAAGUGCCUAUCGCCUGGCAGCCAGAGAAGCGUGUGUCAGGAGGCCAGCUUGCACCCGUGGGUAGUCGCCCGUAUAUGGCUGCUAUUUUACGCGACAAUGUUCAAGUGUCGACACACUGUGGCGGGGCUCUAAUUCACAAAGAUUGGGUCGUCACCUCCGCUGAAUGUGCCAACGAGGGUGACGACGUGUACGUCGCGUUUGGAUACUACGACCUGUACGACGAGAGUUCUGAUGCAACUGAAAUAGUACAUGGGACCUGGCACGUAAACCCGAAUUACGGCUUCACUCCGUUUUAUGCCAACAAUAUCGCCCUGAUCAAAUUGGAUACAUCGGUGACUCUUUCGGAUAGGAUACACACCAUUAAUAUGCCUAAAAAGGACAGUGAACCAGCGAUUGGAACAUCCAUGCUCGUCAGUGGGUGGGGAGUAACUGUGGUUGACGGGGGCUUGUCACAUGAGUUGUCACAGACGGUAGUUACAACGAGCGACCUGAAAAGUGUUUGCCGCGCCCAUUAUGACAAAAUCCAGAUGGAUGAUUCCAUUAUUUGCAGUGAUUCUACAAACAACUUUUGUCAGGGUGACGACGGUGCACCUGCGGUGACCAAUUACGACGAAAGCAGCUCUGACGGCACCGAGGUUCUAACAGCCUUAGUGGCUAAAGGUUAUAGCUGCAAAGCCGACCACAAACCGUCGCUCUACACCCGCGUUAGUGCGCACUGCGACUGGAUCGACACCGAGACAGGCCACGAUGUCCAAUGUAAUUAA